AUGGUGCGGCCAGUCUUCCAGCGAGCGCCUUCUCGGACCAACACGGUCGACGACGUGGACGAGCGGAACACCUCGUUCUUGAGAAACCUGCAGAGUUCGCACGCGUACUCGCCGGAGACGUCGCUGCAGCCUGAUACCGACAUGCUCGACUUGUCCGAAGAGAAUACCAGUGGCGUACCUCACACAGGCGCCCACAGCAACAGCAAGCCCCAACGCCGAGUUAGGGCUCCAUCAGACGAUGUCAAGGCCGUGGAAUCCCCGCCACUGGGCAAACGGCGCUAUUCUGCGCGCAGCCAAGCGGAGGACUUAAACACUUUGAUGCCCAUCAUUAAGAAGAAGCCGAGCCACUUCCGGAGCCAGCGUCGACGUGAACAGUGCCGCAUCAACCAGAUCCGCUCGGAGAAGUCGGUGCGCGACCUACAACGCGACAUUCCCGUGCUGGAGCUGCAGCGCGCCCGCCUCCAGUACGGCGACCAGCAGGACGUCUGGGGCGUCGUGAUUGAGUAUUUCAAGAUGUUCCGCUUCGGUGUGUUGGUGCCGACGACGGUCAAGCUAGAGGGGGCACAAGCCGGUGCUCUAACCUCUGAGGCAGGCCCGUACAACGUCGAGGUGGAGCAGCUUGCCUUCCUACGCUCGUCUCUGGCUAGUGAUGUCGUUCUGGGCGAACGCAGCGGAGUGGAGGCGCUCAUGGACCAGUGGAGAUGGUACUCGACCUACUUCGACAACCUGUACUUUCAGCUGGAGCGUAUCAAACGCGUCAGCGACAAGUUUGUGAGAGUGUCAGCCACGCUGAGCGUGACAGUGUCAGAAGCAACGCUGGAAGGUAUCUUCCCCUAUCUAACGUCCGAGCCCCUCAAGUCGAAGCUACUACGCCAGACUCUCCGCCUCCCGUGUGUUGUGUGCUUCGAGUGGGAUGCGGUCAACAACUGCGUGGCACGUCUGGAGACGACAGUGGACUUCAUCAACCCGCUGACAAAGCUGCUGGGGAAUCUCACGGACGUGGCGGCGGUACUGGAGCUCGCGCAUAUCUCGCGUGACGGAGUUGUCGGAAGACCGGGACAAAUGGCCCAGCUGCAGGACAAGGAAGCUCAGCGUAGAGCGACAGGAGGAGCGCGCACUCAAUAA